GUUAGGGACACUGGAAGGCACCUAUCUGGGACUCAGACCUCUGAAGUCAAAGCAGAAGAAAGCUACCAAAGCUUAGAGAGAAUGGCCUCUACUGGACUGCAGAUUUUGGGCAUUGCCCUUGCUGUGCUCGGCUGGCUGGCUGUCAUCGUUGUGUGCGCCCUGCCAAUGUGGAGAGUGACAGCUUUUAUCGGCAGCAACAUUGUGACGGCUCAGCUCAUCUGGGAAGGCAUCUGGAUGAACUGCGUGGUGCAGAGCACGGGGCAGAUGCAGUGCAAGGUCUACGACUCUCUGCUGGCCCUUUCUCAGGACCUCCAGGCCGCUCGGGCCCUCUCUGUCAUCUCAAUUGUGGUGGGGCUGCUUGCUAUGUUAGUGUCUAUUGUGGGAGGCAAAUGCACCAACUGUGUGGAAGAUGAGUCCACCAAAGCAAAGAUAAGCAUCCUGCCGGGCAUUGCCUUCAUACUCUCUGGCCUGCUCAUCCUCAUCCCUGUGUGCUGGACUGCCAACACCGUCAUCAGGGACUUCUACAACCCACUGCUGACAGACGCCCAGAGGAGAGAGCUGGGAGCCUCACUCUACAUCGGCUGGGCGGCAGCUGCAGUUCUCAUCCUGGGAGGAGGUAUGCUUUGCUGCUCCUGUCCGCCCCGGGAGGAGAAACCCUACUCUGCGAAAUACUCUGCUGCAAGAUCUGCUGCUCCAAGCAAAGAGUACGUGUGAAGAGCCCAGGAGUGGACUUUGUGAUUGGACUGGUGACACAAUUCAUUCCAGGAAGAGAGUGCAUGGACUGGUGCUUGCACCCCCUUUGAU